UUGUGGGAGCUCCUUCCUUUCCUCGUUGCCCGGCCAUCUUAGAGGUGCUUCGGUGGUAUCGGCGGGGCCCAGGUGAGCCGGCAGGAUGGUGGCCGCCAAGAAGACGAAAAAGUCCUUAGAGUCCAUAAACUCAAGGCUUCAGCUGGUUAUGAAAAGUGGCAAAUACGUAUUGGGAUACAAACAGACACUGAAAAUGAUCCGGCAGGGCAAAGCCAAGUUGGUCAUCCUAGCCAACAGUUGUUCUGCUCUGAGGAAAUCAGAAAUUGAGUACUAUGCUAUGUUGGCCAAAACUGGUGUACACCACUACAGUGGCAACAAUAUUGAACUGGGUACAGCUUGUGGAAAGUACUACAGAGUAUGUACGCUGGCCAUCAUUGACCCAGGUGAUUCGGACAUCAUUAGAAGCAUGCCAGAGCAAACCAGUGAGAAGUAAACAUGGCAAAACUUUAAAUUUUAUGUAAUAAAAUUGGUUAUAACACUUUUA